CAGGGCUUAACUUGGGUUUUCUGCCAAUUAUAACACUCAAUUCCAGAGAAAAAGGACCUCCAAGGAGCAGAUUACAAUUGGGAGGGGUAUUGGCACCAGGAUGGAGGGAUUCAGAAAUGCCAAAACUGUCUUUAAACAGAAAAGAUCAUGAGUGUUCUGCCUUAAUUAUAGUUUUGGGAUCAAGCAAGAAGAUGCUUUCCCUUCAGGUCUGGGUAAGGCCAGGAAGAAACAGGGUGGGUGUGCCCCUUCAACUAAAAGAAAAUGAUAUGUUAGAAAGCUCCCAGAGGCUCAAGCCUCAAGAAACACAGGCCUGGAUAAAAUAUUCUAAGAACUUCAAAUGUUUCUGGAGCCAUUUUCUCUUCCUCAAUUUCUUACUCUCCUAUGUAUUUCUCUAUAGUUACCAGAAGUUUAGAACACCAAAAGAAAAAGUCCUGGUGCUAUUUCUGAGGAGAAAAGGAAGAGGAGAGCUUCAAAAUCUUCAUCAUCCCACUCAGUGGAUAGGACUAGAGCAGGAGAACACCAAGCAAUGCACUAAGUGAUGGUGGCUCCUUAAGGAGAGGAAAGCAUGUGGUCUUGCUGGGACUGACAAAGGGAAGGAAAUGAGAUCUGGGGGUCUGGAGAAAAGAUUUUUGGGUCUGAGAAGUAAGAAAUUCCAUGAAGUUUUCCCUCCCCUCCCCAAAUUUAGCCUCACCCCAGGUAAACCUCAGUGUCUGUCCUGACUGUGUUAGUUAAUUCUAACUAAAAUCCAAAUAACCACUGGUCUUUCCAGCAACAGAAUGGCUGUGUUGCCUGAAUAUGUACCUUGAACAGGGCCACUAGAAGGCCUGUUUCUUUUUCUGCAGCUGAAGGAGAAUGCAGGACUUCACAUGGGAGAACCACAGCUCUGUGUCUGAGUUCAUCCUUCUGGGCUUUUCCAGAGACUCCCAAAUAAAUGCAAUUCUCUUCAGCAUAUUCCUCUUCCUCUACCUCUCCACACUUGUGGGCAAUGGGCUCAUUGUUACACUGAUUCAACUGGACUCCAACCUCCACACACCCAUGUACUUCUUCCUCAGUGUCCUCUCCAUGCUGGACAUGAGCUACAUCACCACCACUGUGCCCCAGAUGUUGGUGCAUCUGGUCUGCCAGAAGAAAACUAUCACCUAUGUUGGAUGUGUGGCCCAGAUGUACAUAUUCCUCGUAUUGGGCAUCACUGAGGGCUGGCUUUUCUCUGUCAUGUCCUAUGAUAGAUAUGUGGCCAUCUGCCACCCACUCAGGUACAAAGUUAUCAUGAGCCCAUGGUUAUGUGGAGCAAUGGUGGUUUUUUGUGGGCUGUGGGGUGUCAGCUGUUCCCUAAUCUACACUGUCUUCACUAUGCAUCUGCCUUAUUGUGGCCUAAAUGAGAUCAACCACUUCUUCUGUGAGGUCCCUGCUGUCCUGAAGCUGGCCUGUACAGGCACAUCCCUCAAUGACCGGGUAGAUUUCAUCCUGGGCUUCAUCCUUCUCCUGGUACCUCUUUCUGUCAUUCUGGCCUCUUAUGUGUGCAUCUUUGCCACCAUUUUGAGAAUUCGCUCAACUCCGGGUCAACUUAAAGCCUUUUCCACCUGUGCAUCCCAUAUCACUGUGGUCACCAUGUUCUGUGGACCUGCCAUGUUUAUGUACAUGAACCCUGGGGCUAACGCCUCCCUAGAGAGGGACAAGAAAUUGGCCCUGUUCUACAAUGUCAUCUCCGCCUUUCUCAACCCCAUCAUCUACAGCCUCCGUAACAAGGACGUGAAGAGGGCUUUCCUCAAGGUAACAGGCUGGAGUAAGACCACUGAGUGA